UUCGUCUGCUUCCUCCCAUCCUUGAUUAGCGAAGCCAUGCCGCGGGUCACGUCCUCUGGUUCGAGUCGAGGCAAGAGAGCCAAACGCCUCUUUUCUGAGGCCGAAGAUGAGCCCAGCCCGCCCCCAAAGGAGGUCCAUGAUACCACACCCGUGGCGUCUUCCUCUAUUUCCAAGGGUGUGUUCGCCUUUCCCGGUCCUCAGCGACGUCAACGCCUCCAAGCUGCGACCUCGGGCCAGAAGCAACGGAAACGAGCCCGAAAAGCCACUCCCUCAGCUCAAUCUCAGAGUUCCGGGUCGGCGAGCCCGUUCGAACGGUCCUGGACCACGGCUUGGACUCGAUUCCAGACCUGGCAGAGCGACAUGUUCGCCGAUGUGUUGGCCGCUCUUCGCGCUUUCAUCCAGGACGCUCAUCCCUUGGGUCAGCCAUUGAGCUCGACUAUGCCCACAGCCGCUUUUUUAACGGGCGUCAACCUACCGGAUCACGGGGCGUUGUUUGGGUUACUAGCCCGAGAGAUUCGGACCCGAGUGACGCCUCAUGUGGCCUCGCUGUCGGCCCAGAAACACGGGGGCGUGAACUUAAAGGCCUUGGUCCAAUCCACGGUGGCCAAAUUGAUGUUGAUUGAAGCCUGCGAACGAGACGACGAGGAGUCAGAGAUGGAGGUCGGAAGUUCGGGAUUGGCCUUGAAAAAGCAAAAUCUCAUGAUGCCUACCUUAAGAACUUGGUAUGCCAAUCAGUAUCCUGUGGGCGAGAGCCGAGUCCCUUUGGUUAUCAUUUUGGAGGACUUCGAGGCGUUUUCCCCGACCAUGUUGCAAGAUUUCAUGAUCAGUUUGUGCGAGUACGCCACGGCCUUGCCUUUGGUUUUUGUGUUUGGGAUUGCAACCACCGUGAGCAUGAUCCAUCAACGCUUGCCUUACCAUAUUUCGCGUCAUUUGGCCAUUGAGAAAUUUUCGGGCCAAAAGUCAACCCAGCUUCUGGGCAAAUUGGUGGAAGCACUGUACUCAGAUCCACAAGUGGGUUGCAAAUUAGGUGGCAAGACGUUGGAUCGACUCCUAGAAAUGUUUAUCAUGAACGAUUUCUCUGUCAAACGGUUCCUUCUUGGGUUCAAGUAUUGUAUGUUCGAGCACUUCUCUCGCCUUCCUCCUCCAGUCAUUGCACUUUGUGGCGGGGACGAGCAAGGUCGAAAAGAUCAUCUGAACAAUCUUAAGUCAGAAGACUUGGAUCAAAUUCGAUAUCUAGCCUCUUUCCGAAGAUAUGUUGAGUCCGAUCCUCAGAAUCGAGCGCGGCUUCUCACCAAUGAUGGGCUUUUCCGAGAAGAAGUCAUCAUGCUCCUAGGGGAAAUUGAUGGCCACUUCAAACGAUUCCAAUUGUGCUUGAGGGCUCUUUUUUGGUUGGCCCGCGACCUUCAUGGCCGUCCAUUUGGGUCGCAAAUCUAUUCGUUGUAUCGUUGUGCUUUUCUCAAACCUGUUUGUCAAACCCACGAAUACCGAGAUGUCUUUGACAUUCUUAAGUUACUAAAUCCGUCAGAACUGAUGAAGAAGAUGGAGGCACACGGCGAGUGUCUAAUUGAUUCGAAUGACGAAUCCAUAGAAAAAUCAUCUGUUGAGUGUCAGCGAAUCAUAAGCAAGUUGUCGGCAUUUCUUAAGCACGGUGUUCAAAAUCCGGAGGGCAGUCCCACAAUCCACGAUAAACAGAAAGUCACGGAACCUAAUGACGAGAAGGACAUCGUGGUCAAGAGCCCCAAGAUAAAGAAGUUGGAUCGGUUUGAGCUUCAAAAGAAUCUCUUAAAGCAAACGCAAGAGAAAAGACAACGCACAGUUCCUUUUGAUGAUCUUCGUCGUGAGGUUCUAGACUACUUCCAUAAUUUCUUUCGUGCCUUUUCUAACUUGCCCACAUCCUUGCCCCUUCAUGAAAUAUUGUUUUUUGACAAAGUCUCUCUUGUUCAUCGCCAUCUAAUGCCUGCACCAAGAGCAGUCAUUCAAAGUGCACUAGACGAUCCUGGUUUUUAUUUAGAGCAUCCUGACCUCUUGGUGAACACCAAAGCGGAAAUACCCAAUUCAUACCCAGACUUGAACAUCAUCUACAAACUCCAUUCCGAGUGCGGUCGGUUGAUCAACCUGUUUGACUGGCUUCAGUCGUGGGUAUCCAUAGCCGAUUGUGACGACGAAGAGAAUUGUUCGGAUGAAACCAUCGAUCCCUUGCAACAAGCUAAAUUCACACAAGGCGUCUCCUCCCUGCAAUUCUUGGGAUUUAUCAAGCCCUCCAAAAGAAAAACUGACCAUGUUGCCCGGCUAACUUGGGGCGGAUGCUAGUCAAGUAUCCAACUACUUCGUGAAAAACUUUUAUCUAAUCGAUAAAGGACUGAUAUAAUUGGUCAAAGCAGGACAAUCUUGGAAAUUGGGUAUAAACAUCUCCCAACUUAAACUUAUAUGAGGAAAAAUAAAAGGGUGAAAAUGAAGGUCA